AUGGUGACUUUAUUGCGUCGACGAGCUUCGGCGCUGCUUCUUGUGUGGGGUUAUUGUAUUUUGGCUGAGACAACUUUUUCUAACAUCACUCUUGAUAACGAGGUUCACGCCAGCUUCAUCCAGCGACGUCUGAGGAGCCAGGAGCGCCGGGAGAUGCAGCGGGAAAUCCUCUCCAUCCUGGGGCUGCCCCACCGGCCCCGGCCGCACAUCUACACCAAACAAAACGCUGCCCCGAUGUUCAUGCUGGAUUUGUACAAUGCUAUUUCCACGGACGGACAACAGCCAGCAGGCUUUUCGUAUUAUAAGCCCGUUUUAAUGACCCAGGGGCCCCAGAUGGUGACCCAGCAAAACAGUAUUUUCCUCAAUGACGCGGACAUGGUGAUGAGCUUUGUCAAUCUUGUUGAGCUGGAUCAGAACGUCCCGUCUUCUCGGCACAACAGGGAAUUCCGCUUUGACUUGUCCCAUAUCCCAGAGGGGGAAGCUGUCUCCGCUGCAGAGUUCAGAAUCUACAAGGACUACAUCGGAGAACACUAUGAGAAUGAGACCUUCCAUGUGAGCGUGUACCAGGUGCUACAGGUGCCCCCUGACAGUGAGGAGGACCUGUUCCUGCUGGACACGCGUGUGGUGUGGGCUAUAGAGGAAGGCUGGCUGGUGUUUGACAUCACAGCCACCAGUAACCAGUGGGUGGUGAACCUGGACCAGAACCUGGGCCUGCAGCUGGCUCUAGAGAGCAUGGACGGUCAGAGUGUGAACCCCAGGCUAGUAGGGCUGGUUGGGGGCAGUGGGCUACAGGACAAGCAGCCCUUUAUGGUGGCCUUCUUUAAGGGAACUGAGGUUCGCCUCCGCAGCGUCCGCUCUGCCCACGGCCACAAGGGGCGCAACCCCAACCGCUCUAAAAACCCCAGGAAUGCCCAGGACGCACUGAAGGUUGCUGAGGCUGCAGCAGAGACCCUCAGCACAGACCCCAAACAGGGCUGUAAGAAGCAUGAGCUGUAUGUCAGCUUCAGAGAUAUGGGAUGGCAGGACUGGAUCAUUGCACCAGAGGGCUAUGCAGCGUACUACUGCCAGGGCGAAUGCGCUUUUCCCCUCAACUCCUACAUGAAUGCUACCAAUCAUGCCAUUGUGCAGACUCUGGUCCACUUCAUAAACUCAGAGACAGUGCCCAAACCCUGCUGUGCCCCCACCCAGCUCCACGGCAUCUCAGUCCUCUACUUUGACGACAGCUCCAAUGUCAUUCUGAAGAAGUACCGGAACAUGGUGGUCAGAGCCUGCGGCUGUCACUGA